AUGAAAUCCAGGGACCUUUUCGAGAACUUCAACCCGAGUAAGUUCUUCACUUAUGCAUGCUUGCUGCUCUUCUCAAUACUGCUGCCCCUUCGUCUGGAUGGCGUCAUCCAGUGGACCUACUGGGCCGUCUUCGCACCCCUAUGGCUGUGGAAGUUCAUGGUCAUCCUGGGCGCCUCUGUGGGUGUCAGCAUUUGGGCCAGUAACCCUCAGUACCACGCUGAAAGGGAGGCCUGCGUGGAGCUUAAGGCUAUGUUGAUCUCCGUGGGCAUCCACCUGCUGCUGUUUGUGUUUGAAAUCCUGGUGUGCGACAGUAUAGAGACGGGGGAGCACGCCUGGAUGCUGGUCUUCAUACCGCUGUUCUUCAUGUUCCCGGUGUCCGUGGUCGCUUGUGUCUGGGGCUUCCGACAUGAUCGGUCAGUCGAGCUGGAAAUCCUGUGCUCUGUCAACAUUCUGCAGUUCAUUUUCAUUGCUCUAAGACUGGACAAGAUUAUCCACUGGCAGUGGCAGGUGGUGUUGGUGCCCCUGUGGGUCUUCAUGUCCAUCUUCUGCUUGAUCAUCCUUUGUUACAUAAUCUGGUCGCUCCUGCACCCAUGGACCCCAAAUGUGGCUUCAGGGCAGCAAAGAGCAAGCCUGUCGGAGGCUAUGAUGUGGAUAACGAUCUAUGUGCCUUUUCUCACUUUUGAGGUUCUCCUGGUUCAUAGAGUAGACGAUCUCAAUGCGUUUUCUUAUAAGACCAUCUUUGUUCCCCUUUGGCUUUCACUACUAACAUUAAUGAUCAUGGCAUGCUGGCAGAAGGGGGGCAAUUAUUGGUGGUUUGGUAUUCGCAGAGACUUCUGUCAGCUUCUGCUGAAUAUUUGCCCAUUUUUAAGAGAAUAUGGGAACAUUUCAUACGACUUUUGUCAUGAAGAUAGUGAAGAUGAUGAAGAAACAUCUGAUCAAGAAGUUCCUAAACUUGCUGUUAUUUGGAGGAAGGAUGACAAAAAAGUUAUACGCCAGAGCCCUGGAGCAUACAGUCUGCCACAUCCCAAGGUAGAUAUUAAUAUGCCAGAUUAA